ACAUGACAACCACCAGGCUUACAAAGAUGAGCAAAAGCCAAAGCCACUCGACUUUGAACAGCCUCGUCAGUAACCCGCAUCAGAUAUAAUAGAUUGUUCGAUACUCGUCCACAAAUCUUCCCCUCUAAUCUUUUCAAUGUCUUUUCAACACAAUCCUUAGUUUGUUGAACAAGGAAUUCUCCAUCUUCAAAUUUCUGAACAAUUCCAAAUUUUAUAAGAGCUACAAUGUUGUCCUCCUUAUCUGCAAGACCAUAUAGAGCAAAUGCAGCAUUGUGUUGCAGAGAUUCAUUUUUUGAAUGAAGUAACUUGAGUAGAGGCACUACGCGACCAUUAUGAGCAAUGUUAGCUUGGUUAUGUGUGUCUUGUGCCAACCUCCCAAUUGCCAAAGCUAAGCUCUUAAUUAAUGGUUGUAUCGCACUCCUUUGAACAAUGUGUGCCGUGCAAUCUAAAUCAGCAGUAAUUAACUAACCAAGUAAUAAAGCAGCUUUUCUUUGGCUUACCAAACAAGGUGAACUCAGUAAAUCAAUAACAGGUUUUAAAGCACCAGUCAGGAGAACAAGUUUCUUGAUGCUCGAGGAAAACUGAGGUAGCUUAAACUGAGCCACUGGAGGUAAAACUGCAUCCUUUUGAAUUUUCUCAAGCCAAGUAGCAAUAGGCAAACUCAUCUCAAAUUGAAUAUUCAAGGUUUUCAAUCCUCCACUGUCAUCACAAUUUUUCUCCAAGGGAUGAUGGUCACAGGCUUCUUUGUCUGCUUCAGUGGCUGAGUUGGAUAUCCUUCGUGCCACGGUCUGGACAACCUUAACUGGGGAGGGAAUGUUUGAUGAAUUCUCAGCAGCUCCAAGAACAGGUGUAGGGUACUCUUCCCUAGCAUUCUCAAUGCCACUAACCGGCAUGAUGGAUUCCUGCUGCUCAAUUUCAUGUGAUUUUGGCCAUUUUUUUUGCCUUUUUGAGAUGGAAACUGGUUUCAUAUUUGUCGGGGUCUUCCAUGAAGAACUUUAAUCCAGCUAGUCUCUUAGCAGGGUCUUCCAUACGGCAACUUUUAGUGGUGGCCAUGGGCACUGAGAGCUCUCUUCCAUCAAGCAUGAGAGGACUGGCAAUCUCAACAGGAAUGGUGACAUACCCAACCUUGUUAAUCUCGUCAUCUUCUGCAGUUGGUGUUGGGAUCUCCAUUGCCGGCUUUAAGUCGAACACCUUCUGUUAGGAAUAAUCUAAUUAAUCCCCCUUUAAUCUAUUCUAUUGAUCCUUGUUUCCUGCAAGUGUAGUCUGCACUUUGUCCCCCACCAACGACAGUUUGUCUCCCACCAAUAGCAGCUGCACCUUUUGUCUUUCUCAAGUAGUGGCGGUCCUGUGCCACCUGUCUGCUCCUAGUGUAAUGGCUAUGGCCUUAUAUUCCUGUAUCUCUUGCUCAGUUGGGCAUCGAAGAAUAUGAAUGAAUCUUAAUUUCCUGCAUUAUUUACUUUUUUCCAUUUUUGAUCCUAACAACUAGUAUCAGAGCAUGGCUCCUUCUCGGACCGUGCAAAACUCCGCCCCCUCCACCACCCCCCUACCACCGUUUUUGUCCCCCCACCACCCCCAACCCCACAUGACAACCAUGCUCCCUCUGCCUCCUAUCAGACCGGAGAUGAUGUACUCCUCCACAGAGAGAAAUUUCGCCAUUCCAUUGAGCUGUUCCGAGAUGAAAUGCACCACUCCAUUGAUUCUCUCAAUCAUAACCAAACUUCCUUCCAAAACCACAUCAUGGCACAACUAUCAGCCUUGCAAAGCACUAUUGUACAGACCAAUCAACACCAACCGCUGCACUAUUCUGCCUCAGUUUCAACUCAACCACAAUCUCAGGUAACACCACUAUCAACCCUUCCACCUCCCCAAACCCCAUCCACCGUACCACAACUUACCUUUGGCUCUAUUUCCUCCCCACACACGCCACAACCAUCUUCCUCGGCACCACCUCACUAUACUACCAUAACUUCAGUUCCCCAGCCACAAUCCUCCACCACCACUACCAUGACUCUGCCAAACCACUUUUCUCUUCCGGAAUACACAGUACCAAACUCUUCUACCCUUGCAUUUCCCAGAAUGCAACCACACAACCCCUACCCAUUUGACAACCAAUGUUUUCGCCCACCUAAAGUUGAUCUUCCCCGGUUCUACGGUGACAACGCCGCUGGCGGGUUAUCCAUGGCGGAACGCUAUCUUCGAACCCAAAAUAUUCCAACACAUGCCCACAUAGCCACAGUUGCCUCUCACUUUGGACCGACAGCAUCCAUCUGGAUGAACUCCUUUGAUCAAAGAAACCCAUCAGCUUCUUGGGAACAAUUUGUCGGAGCAUUCCUGCAACACUUUGGAGGAUGCACUACUAUUGAUUUCAAGGUAUCUCUUUCACAUAUGCAGCAAACAUCCUCUGUUGAUGCAUUCAUCAAUGAGUUCACCACAUUGGCUUACCGGGCACCGGAAUGGUCCGACGCCAAUCUUCUAUCCAUCUUUAUCGGUGGACUCAAACCGGCUAUCAGGCAUGACGUCGUGGCCAUUGAACCACGUUCGUUGGCUUAUGCCCAGCGCCUGGCACGCCGAUAUGAAACCAAGCAGGCCGACAACCAGCCCAGUCGACCACCACAUCCUUCCAACUGGUCGUACUCUCACAAGGCAUUACCCUCCAACAUUCCAUCGGCCCCCACAACCCACACCACUACAAGCCAAAUCACACCCUUUUCCCACCCUGAUACCAGCCAAAAACAAAAAGCAGAAACUCCUUUAUGUAAAUGGUCCACAAGUAAGCAGAGAGAAGGCAGAGCCCAGGGACUCUGUUACAGCUGCGAUGAACAGUGGUCCCAGACCCACGUUGGUAAGAGACCGGUCAUGGCCAUUUUGGAAUCACCAACACCAUUGGAGGAACUUCCAAUAGAGGAAAUUGUGGAAGAGGAACAGCCGUCUGACUCGGAGCAAUUUAUUCCGAUUCACGCCAUCACUCACACAAUGAUCGGUCAUAUGAUGAGAUGCAAAGGCUUCAUUAACAAACAACCCAUUUCUGUGUUCGUUGAUUGUCGGUCAGCCACAAAUUUCUUGAAUCCGGUAGUGGCAACACGUUUGGGUCUCACUAUGCAACCCGUGUCGUAGCUCCACUUCACUUCAGCUUCCGGCGAACAACUAUCACGGUCGAGCCAGGCUAUAGACGCCACCGACUCCAUUCAGGGGUACCAAUUCACAACCUCAUUCUUGUUGAUGUUGGUGACUGGGUGCGACCUCCUUCUCGGAGCACAAUGGCUAGAGACGCUUGGGUUCAUUUUUUUGGCAUUUCUCAGAGACGGUCAUGGUGUUUACAGAAAAUGGGCAAUGCCAUGUGCUUAACGACUUACAAAGACAGCCUAGUCAAAAGUACCAAUCUGCAUUCAGGGCCCUCUUACCCGCUGAACACUUGGAUUCAGUGUCUUCUAUCACAGGCCCAAUUACAAUUCCAGAAUCAGCCCUCAUCCCUGAGCUACAAACCUUACUCCCACAUUAUGAAGAUGUGUUCUCCCCUCCCGUGGACCUCCCGCCCAAACGGGCCAUUGAUCAUCGAAUGACUUUGCUGCCCAAUUCCGGCCCAAUGAAUAUGAGGCCGUAUCGCUACGCUCACUCGCAAAAAACAGACUUAGACGCUCAAGUACAGGAAAUGCUUUCGCAUGGUCUCAUCCGCCCAAGUCAUAGCCCUUUCUCUUCACGACUUGGGAAGAGGCUCAAACGAUCGUGGCACCUUUUCCUCACUUUGGCAGCCGUGGUCGGCCUGCCUUUUAAGGGGGCGGGAUUGUUAGGAAUAAUCUAAUUAAUCCCCCUUUAAUCUAUUCUAUUGAUCCUUGUUUCCUGCAAGUGUAGUCUGCACUUUGUCCCCCACCAACGGCAGUUUGUCUCCCACCAAUAGCAGCUGCACCUUUUGUCUUUCUCAAGUAGUGGCGGUCCUGUGCCACCUGUCUGCUCCUAGUGUGAAGCAAUUGGGGCUUGUGUAGGAGUGGAGUGGUCUGUAGCUUCCGUUGCCGGAACGGAAGACGACGAGGUGUUGCCGGAAGAUAGCAGAGUUCCAAACUGCACCGCCGGCGAUUCUGAUAUAUCGACUGGAGUUUUUAGACCCACAAGUUGCUGAAGAGAUGCCUCCAUAAUCUCAACUGCCGCCUUGGAGUUGUGACGUGGGAAGGCACCUCCACUUUUGGCCUUGAUGGCCCAUAGACUGCACCUGUGGUACCUCUUGGACCUCGAGUACUUACCCACAUAACGGAGCAGAUCUGGGUUUCGGGUCUUUUUGGCAACUCUUGCUUUUGCACCCAUGACGACGACUCUACAUCUGAAACCCCGAAACGGUUUGCUAUGGAGAGGAAGA